CAAAAUUGAAAGAACAAACAACGACAAGUAGAGGAGGAACAGAUUGCAAAUCGCGAGUUUAGAUGACGAUGGACAGAGAGAAGGAGAGAGAGAUCGAGCUCGAGAGUGCAAUGUACACAAACUGCUUGCUGUUGGGUCUAGAUCCGGCUAUCAUUGGUGUCGGAGCAUCCAACGGGACCCCUCGGGUUGGACUCUUCCGCCACUCCAACCCUAAAUUGGGCGAGCAACUUCUCUACUUCAUCCUCUCCUCCCUUCGCGGUCCUUUUCAAUCUGCCAAAGACUUCGAUAAGGUGUGGCCGAUUUUCGACUCGGCGCAAUCGCGAGAUUUUCGUAAGGUAGUGCAAGCGAUAAUUAGUGAGCUCGAGUCGCAGGGGGCGCUUCCCAGAAGCAAUUCGAGGGUUUCAUCGCUUGCUACCUGCUGUGGACCAAGAUUUGUUGAACUUUUGUGGCAGCUUUCAUUGCAUGCUUUGCGAGAGGUUCAUCGACGGACAUUUGCAUCUGAUGUAGCUUCAAACCCCCUGCCUGCUUCAUUGACAGAUGUUGCCUUCUCGCAUGCAGCCACUCUCCUUCCCAUAACAAAGGCUAGAAUAGCGCUAGAACGAAGGAGAUUCCUUAAAAUUGCAGAAAUGGCAGUACAGAGACAGACUAUGUGGUCAAAUUUGGCUCAUGAAAUGACUGCAGAGUUUCGUGGUCUUUGUGCCGAAGAGGCUUAUUUGCAGCAAGAGUUGGAAAAAUUACACGACUUGAGAAACAAAGUAAAGUUGGAAGGGGAACAGUGGGAUGAUCUUGUAUCAAGUUCGAGUCAGAAUUCCCAUUUAGUUUCUAAGGCAACUCGCUUGUGGGAGUCUAUAUUGGCUCGCAAAAGUCAACAUGAAGUUCUUGCUUCCGGGCCAAUCGAGGAUUUGAUCGCUCAUAGAGAGCAUAGAUAUCGUAUCUCUGGUUCAUCUUUGCUUGCGGCUAUGGAUCAGAGUUCUCAGGUUCCUUACAUAGAUGCCCUGUCUGCACAGCCUACUGAUCUAGAUUCAACUCUUUUGGAAGACAAAGAGCUUAGUUAUGGAUCAUAUCUGUCUGUAAAUAGGGUAAAACUGAAGAACAAUGUAGAUUCAUCUCAUUUGCAAGUAAAUGAUGAUACACUUUCGCUAGUGGAUGAUAGAGGCGGAAGAGUUAACCCCACUGUGGAUGUAGCAGAAAUUAUCAGACGUUGGACUCAUGCAUUGCAACGCGUUCAUAAACAGUCACUUUAUCUGGCUAAAGCUAACGAUGGACAGGGUCCUGAUAUAUUACGAAGUGCACAUGAUGGUGACACAAGUGGCCAUGCAGAGUCUUUAGCUGCAACUCUUGCUGAACAUCAGCAGCACCUGGCUAGUUUUCAGGUGCUUAUUAACCAAUUGAAGGAAGUUGCACCAAUGAUACAAACCUCAAUAGCUGAGUGUACGGAGAAAGUGAAUCGUAUACCCUCUAACAUACCUCCUCUCACUAAACACCAUGGUCGAGCAACCUCACCUAUAGAAGCUCACAGCAGUGGAAGGACAUUGGAGAGUAGCACAGAAGAUGUGGCUGAGGUUACUUCAAAAAUGUCAAAUGUUAUGCUUGACAAGGUUUUGGCCAGUCCCCCAGCUCUGAAGCUCCCACAGUUAUUUAGUUCGACUCCAAGUUCAUCUGGGAAGGGUGGAAACAUGCUAAAACGACAAACAUUAGCUGCACACAGCAACCAGUUAGAAAAUAUAUCAGCAAGAAACUCUUCUGACCAGCCUUUAUCAGAUAAUCGACUAGAUAAUCCACCACAAGAUGAUGACAAUUCUUAUGUUCAGAACCUAAAGAGGUCUGUAAGAGAGGCAGCAUUGUCCAUGCAAUCCUGUAAUUUGGAAUCGUCUACAGAUAUUAAUUCUGAUGAAGGUUCUGAGCACUUUUUUGCAUCUCUUUCGACAGCUGGGUUUUCUCAUCUGGUCCCUGAAAGCAAGAUAUCUUCAAGGAGUAAAAGAUUAUCGGUAUUUCAAACAGAUGCUUCAUUGCUAGAGAAUCAUUCUUCUCAUGGUCAUGUUCCGAGCAAGCAUGACGAUUUACCAGAUGGUUUGAAUGAUUUUAAUUCACUUCACGAAUAUGACCAAGUGAAUGGAUUUCUGUCAGUUGCUCGCUCCAACGGUACAGUUUCUGAUGCACAAAGGUCAUUUUUUGAGGUUGAGGAAAGCCAGGAUCAGGUCUUCUCACCUCCUUUGCUGAUGGACACAGCCCUGUUAGCAGAUUCUUACGAGGAUUUACUUGCUCCUUUGUCAGAAACUGAAACUGCUUUGAUGGAGCAUUGAAGUUCACGUCUGGGCAUGUGCUCAUCUGCCGAACACGAUGAACAUUUUGUAAUUUGUACGACAGGCUGUUUGCAUGUAUUGUUAUUCCAGUUCAUUGCCUUCCAGCCCUACUUUUUUGCACCGUUGGUAGCUUCUUGUGGAGGAAAUAUGAACAAAACAGCAGUGCUCUGUUCACACUUUGACCACUAAAGUUAGAUCAAUGAUAUCUUAUGGAAACUUGGCUGCGAGGCGGGAAUCCCCAGAAUUUCUCUUGAAUGGAGUCGUAUCAACGAAUGUUAGGAGAGAACUUCGGUACAUGAGGUUUCUAACUGAAAUUAUAGCAAAUAGUAUUCUUGCAAUUGUUCAGUGGAUGCCUGCAUUGUUAUAAUACCAUGCUUCCGGUAACCGUCACGGCUGAUUUUUUAUUUUUUUUUGGACUGAGAUAUUUGUAUGUGACAAAUAUGUAGUACUUGAGAUUUAUUUGUGUAUCUCUCAAUAGAUGGAAGGAGAAAGAAUUACAAAGGUUGUGGAAAUUUGUAUUUAUAUUUUUAUAGAAGAAAUUUUUGUUUUUUAAUUUGUU